CUCAGAUAUUGAUUAACUUGAUGGGUAUUUUGGCUAACAAAGAGCACUGGAAGCAUCCAGACACUUUUAACCCAGAGAAUUUCUUAGAUGAUAAGGGACAUUUCUUCAAACCGGAGGCUUUUCUUCCUUUCUCCUUGGGUCCAAGGGCCUGUCUUGGUGAGACUCUGGCUAAGACUGAGCUCUUCCUCUUCGUCACUUCUCUCCUUCAGCGGAUUCGUUUCUCCUGGCCAACUGGAGAGAAGUGGCCAGAUAUGAAUAGGAUUCUCAGUGUGAUUCGCUCUCCUGAACCAUUUAACAUCAUCUGCUAUAGCAGAGAUUCAAAACACUGACCAUCAGUGUCCGACUUAAAAUUUACAAGUGUUUCCAAAGAUGUCAACAUGUUUGUAUGCAAUUUAAAAGUUAAAAAAAAGUGGAAUGGUUUGCUAUUCUGGCACCUUUCGUUGUGGAAACUGUAAAUGCAUACUGUACUACAGUAGUUCUCAAACUGGGGGUUGGGACCCCCCGAGGGGUCACGGGACAAUGAAGGGGGGUUGCUUGGUGAUAUCUAAAAUCUAUUUAUUAUUAUUAAACCAU